AUGGGCCCACAGAAGCCCGCAGCCCUUGCGGUCCCCGCCGUCCUCUCUGCAGGCCUGUUGCCAACCGGCAUGCCGCGUGAGGGCGAGGCAGCGACAGCGGCCAUGAGCGUCUGCAGGCUGUGGCUUGCCGGCUGGUGUGAGUUCGGCGACAGGGAGACCAUCGGCAGCAGGGCAGCCAAGGCCCAGAGUGCGCCGUUCUGGCCCGAAACCGACAGCGACUCCUGCAACGGCAGCUCCACGUCGAGCCACGGCCACUCCAGCUCGGCGAGCAAGACGCGGAGCUGGGCGGACCAGUCGCAAGACACUUGGCCCGAGGAAAGCUUCCGGCCGCCGCUGCCGGGGGUCGCCCCUGACGGCGUGCGGCAGGGAACGUUUCCCUAUGGGCUCGACCUCCAGAGGCCCAGCGAGCGGCAGCUCCCCGACUUUGGCGACCGCCUCGGCUUCCCCGAGUACUUCCCUUCGUCCAGUCCGCUGGAACGCGGCAGGGGCAUCGGAGAGGGCCACGCCGAGCAAGACGGCAAGGCGGCGCAAGCAGCGGCUGCUCGCGGACCAGCGCGCCGAGUUCCAGGCCCUGAACACGGCGCGCGCAGACGGGGCGGCGGCCGCGGCCCUGGCCAUGGAGCCCGGCUCGGUCGCCCGCCACUGGCCGCACCUGUGCUUCCCUCGGUCGGAGUCGGAGUCGCCCCCGAGGCCCCCGGCGCCCUGCCCAACUCCACGCCCCCCGGACCGGCCGAGCUACAGGGCCUACGACGGCGCGAAGAGAGCCUGUGA